GGCGAGGGCGUGAGGCCGCCUCCCGCUCCUCCGCUCGCAUAGAUGCCGUAUUUUUCAAGGCCAGAUAUCAUAAUGUCACCCUGCGAUGCAUUCCAGUCAGGCCACUUGUGCUGCUUGAGGGAGUUGUCAGCAAAUCAAUGACCGUAUCUCUGUCUAUUUGUGUCCAGUAUGGAUCCAGUGAAUCCUGCAUUGAAGCUGGUCUGAAAGCCAAAUGUGGUGUAGUUUAAUUUUACCAUGUUGGAGUGUAUACUUAUAAGCAGAUACUUUUACAGCUGUAUUUAUUUCCGUAAAUGAAGACAUAUUGCCUAUAAAGCUCCCUGCUGUGAAAUAGGCGUCGUCCGCCGCCGACAUCGGCCACUAGAUGGUGCUAAAGCGCCGCGGACGCAGUGGACGAGGCUGCACUGGCUGCUUCCCCGGACCGAGCCUCCAGGUCCCACAGCUCAUGAUCUUUCUGAGCCGAGGGAAAGAGGGCUUUGACACAGACUGAUGACUCAUGUAGGCCGCGGUUCAGAAUGUAUAAAAAAACACCCAGACAUCCUCAACAGUUUCUGCAUUAAAGAGAGAGCCGCGAGCUCAAGGAUGGGUCGCGCGGCGGAGUGCUUGUUGGCGUGAAGGUCUCCGCGCGGUCGUGAUCGCCGUGUAAAUGAAAGAGCAUCAAAGAACGCGGGCGCGGCUCCACGCGACAGGUCGACGCGCUCCACGUUUUAAUCAGCGCCCCUCUUAAUUUGACGCGACGGAACGUUUCCGUCGGGACAGAUUGCGGGAGGACGUCGUCGGCGCUCAGCGGGACGCCCGCCCGCCCGCGCGCGCGCGCGUCUCGCGUCGACACGCGGAGCAGGUGCGAGUGUUCGAUCGCAGACUGAUCGGUGACAUGUGGCUGCGAACAUGUGUGGAACGGCGUGGACUCCGGUAGCUUUAAACAGCAGGUGCCACUUCCCUCAGCUCCCACCAAAUGUCCUCGUCUAACGUGCUGUCUGUUAAUAUGACAUGUUGAAAACGAGGGGCCCGACUGUUUAACUAUAAAGACAUUAAAAGCACAGCUGACAUGGUUGUUCUAAUUUUAACAGCGAUGGAAACAAUGAGAAUGCAUACAUAGAACCAGCCAAUGGUUUGGAGCCCGGUGUCAUUUGUUGUGAUGCUGUGAUGUUAAAUCAGUCAAAGUCAUUAACAUGUUGCAUUUACCACCUCUUCUUUGAGGUCAAAGGUCGACGACACCUCCUAAGUGGGAUUUGAGCAGUGGGACUAACUAAGAGUCAGAUCCUGCUUCUGCAGAACCUAAUCGGGCCACCAGUGAAUUUCGCACAGCUAUUCAUGGAAACUGUGGUGGAAACAGACGUUAUAAACAAACUUCUGUUAAUAAAACCAAAAAAACAAGCACGGCCUCUGGAUAAUUGAGUUGGAAACAGCAUAAGUCACUGCGUGCGCGCAAUCUACGCGCUCCUGUGUGAAAUGGAGGGUAUUGCUUUCUGUUUUAUCCCUCUCUUGUGCUUUCUAUUGUUGUGGAAAUAUUCAGUUAGAAUCUUUGAAGUUAUUUCCUGUCGAAAAAUACAAUCAUUUCCUGCGAGAUACACAAACCCACACUUUGCCUGUGCGCACAUGCGUCUUAAGAGAAAGGGGAAGAGUGAGCGGAGUCAAAAAGGUUAGAGGUGAGACAACGCUGUCACUCUGCGUGAGACAGUGGAAUAACAGGGACGAAGCUCAGCCCCGCAGACGCUGAAAGCAGGCAGCAUCACAGCAGCGGCCGCUUCACCCGCUCCCAGUCCAGACGCCUGGUACCCACAGGGAGGACACGGCCCUGCAGUGAGGAGGUCCAGUCAGGGAGAGGCACCGGGACCAUGGAGAACCUGUCCGUGUACCACGGGCCCAUUGGCAAAGAGGAGGGGGAGCGGCGCCUGGGCCAGGACGGCCGGGACGGCUGCUACCUGGUCCGAAACAGCGACUCGGUGCCGGAUGUUUUCUGCCUGUGUGUGCUGUGCAAAGGCUACGUCUACACGUACAGACUCCACAAGGAUGACGCGGGCUCGUGGGCUGCAGAAACCACUCCUGGCGUGAAGAAGCGAUAUUUCCGGAAAAUCAAGAACUUGAUAGCGGCUUUCCAGAAGCCGGGACAAGGGAUCGCGAUGCCUCUGCUCUACCCUGUCACGGCGCAGACGCGGGCACAAACACACACAGAGGCGGAGACGACCGGUAAUGGCUUGUCACAGACACACGGCAGCCCGAACCCUUUCCUCCAGCAGCAGCAGCGGCAGCGGCAGCGGCAGCAGCCUGCACACGCUGCUCAGGGACAGAAAAACAGGAACAAGGAGGCACGGCAAGCUUUUGGUUAGGGGCAAACCGGGGGUUCAUCUUUUACCUAAUUAUGUACAAAAUAUUCCUUCUUUUUUGCAAGCCGUUCCAUUUUCCACACCGUGUGUAGUAAAUGUCAUUUGUUUCCAAUUAAACCGCUCCUUCCUGUUAUGUUGAGCUCAUUUAGGCUCCAGGACUGACUCACAUCUCACAGUCCCUCUUAUUUUCCUUUCUGCAUAUGCAGCACUCAUAACUUUCAGUGGAUGUGAUGUAAAAUAUUCAACUGCUGGAACAUUAAUAUCCAUUACUGCAUCCAUAAGUUGACAACAAAUAUUGUGCUCUGUUUUCUUAAUGCAAUUCAGUUGUGUGAAUGGCAAAGAAAAUAAAUGAUAUCGGUCGAAAUAAACUCUUUUAAAUGAGGUCACGCAUACACAGCAAUACACACCCGAGCCCCCGUCUGACAUAUGAUGUGGAACGAAAAUUCAAUUUGACAUAUUGAAGUACUGAUUUCA